UUCUCGUGGAUCUCUAUCUCUCUAUUUAUUCAUCUACUGAUUUACUGAUAUUUCUAUCUGAUAUUACUGAUCUUCUGAUUUCUAUACCACACUGUAUACUUCUGAAUGCGCCCCACUGCAAUGACCCCUAACCCUUUAGACCGGUUAACGUAUCCUCAAAUUGAUGUAAAUAUCUCCAGAGAACUGGGUGGACCCAUCUCUUUGUUGGAGGUGCAUGAAGCAAUCAAUUCUAUGCAAAACAGGAAGUCUCCUGGUCCCGACGGUUUUACAGUUGAGGUCUUUAAGGCAUACUCGAUGCUAUUAGCCCCCAUCCUUGUGCAAAUGUUCAAUGAUUCCUUUACUGAAGGUAGACUGCCAGGAUGGAUGCGCGAUCCAUUUCAAAAUGACGAUGUUUUGCUCCCAUCAAAACAAGACGACCAGCUGAUUGAGCUCAGAAAUGACGGAGGACUGAAAACACUCUUUGAUUCAACAUCACUGUCAUCCUUCUGGAUCAAAGCAACGGGAGGAUACAACGAGAUCAGCACGCUCGCUCUGAAGACGCUGUUCCCGUUCCCAACGUCAUAUCUGUGCGAGGCCGGUUUUUCUGCCAUGACCAUCACUAAGACCAGACUGAGAAGCAGACUGAAUGUGAGAACCCUGCGUGUCUCACUGUCUCCCAUCACGCCCCGACCACCUCCUAACUGCCCUGGUGAUCACAGGCUGCUUCUGAACAACGGGUGUGUAUCUGGGGUUGAGAAGUACCAGAUCAGUGUGAUCAGAUCUGCCAAGGGGGGACAGUGGAGUUCUAUGCUUCCUUAACAUUAGCACACAUUAAGUCCAAGGUUUUAUUGUCUCUGGUGGGGCAGGUCGCAAACUGUUGAAAGGUUGGGAGUGUAGCAGUAUGAGAAGAAGUCAUUCGGAUGGUUCGUUUGCAGUCUGGCUAUUGAGGUGAUGACGUCACACGCGGCAUAGGCUGAUGGCGGAAUGUAAACAGUGAUGAUGAUGACAUGUAAACGCCCUUGGCAGAUAAUAUGGACUUAUGCUCAUGGCUAACAGUAAAGAGUAAGAGUAAAGUGAGAUAUUCUGGGUUAUAACCACUGACAGUUUAAAGUAUUACCAUUGUUUUAUUUUGUAAAGCUGUAUUUGCUGAGCUUCCUCUUUUCAUCCAGAUAUCUGUCUUCUGGGAUUAGCAAGCAGCCCUGUGAACGUUUGUCAUUUCAUAAUUAAUAA